AUGAUGAUGGCCAUGAUUUUCUUUAUUACAUUAUUAAAUUUUAAGCUUAUUUUACUAUGUUUUGCUUCUUGUACUAUCCCUCUAUCGGAACGUUUAGCCGACUCUCGUCCCAAUAUUGUAUUGAUAAUGGCCGAUGAUAUGGGUUGGGGUGACGUGGGUGCAAAUUGGCCUAAUACACGUGAUACUCCAUUUCUUGAUUAUUUAGCUUCGAUAAGUAUGCGUUUACCAGAUUAUCAUAGUGGAGCAUCAGUUUGUAGUGUUAGUCGAGCAGCUCUAUUAACCGGACGAUUAACUCCACGUACUGGUGUAUGGCAAAAUUUUGCAUCAACUGCUCUUGGAGGAUUACCUACUAAUGAAACGAUCAUUUCGGAACUUUUAAAAACAGUUGGUUAUGCAACUGCAAUACAUGGUAAAUGGCAUCUCGGACAUCAGCCUCCUUUUCAUCCUUCAUAUAGAGGAUUCGAUGAAUACGUUGGUAUUCCAUAUAGUAUUGACAUGGGUUGUACAGAUAAUCCUGGAUUUAAUUAUCCACCUGUCAAAGCUUGUCCUAAAGAUCCACCACUCUUCUUUGAACAAAAACAUGAACAUGCUGAUGAUGUAAAAAAUGUUAUUGAAGCUGAUUUAACAGUUGGUAUUCCACUCUAUCAAUGUCUUACACCUCAUUGUCCUGAUAAUAAUUGUAAUAAAGAAAUUAUUGAACAGCCAGUCAAUCUUUCAACUUUGACACAAUCUUAUAUUGAUAAUGAUCGACGAUUUAUUCGACGAAGUAUAGAAGCAAACAAACCAUUUUUUCUAUAUUUACCUUUAUCACACAUGCAUGUGCCACAUGAUUAUGCACAGCAAUUUAAAAAUACAAGUAUUUUACCAAGUAUUUAUGGCGUACCAAAUAUUUAUGGUGAUACAUUACGAGAAUUAGAUUAUCAUGUCAAUCAAACCUAUCAACUGUUACAAAAUUUAGGUAUUUUAAAUCAAACAUUGCUGAUAUUCACUAGUGAUAAUGGACCCUGGUCUUCAAAAUGUGAUUUAGCAGGAAAUCAAGGACCGUUCACUGGUAUUUGGCAACAGUUGCCAUUCUCUUCUGGCGGUGGAGGAGGUGGAGGUACAGCAAAGUUCACAACAUGGGAGGCAGGACAUCGUAUUCCAUUUAUUGCACAUUGGCCAGGUAUGAUUAAAGGAGGUACCAUCUCUAAUGCUAUUGGGUCACAUUUGGACUUGAUGCCAACUAUCGCUAAUCUUGCUGGUUUUACUUUACCAUUAAAUCGUAGUUUUGAUGGAACUGAUCUUAGUCCAGUGCUUUUUGAUGGUUCUAAUCAAGGCCAUGAAUAUCUAUUUCAUCCAGAUAUGUUAGGUCAUCUUUCAGCAGUUCGUUACAAUCAAUAUAAAGCUUAUUAUACGACAUAUCCUGCGAUUGAUGGUGCGUGUGGUGGUAAAGAAGGCAUGAUCAUGCAUCAUAAACCGCCACUUAUUUUUGAUCUUAGUCGUGAUUUAGCUGAAUCAACUCCGAUCAUAGUUUCACAAUCAGUAUACGAUGCAAUUGAUCAAGCAUUACAUGAAAAAUUAAAUGAUAUUGCCUCAACACCGCACACACAAGCAGAUUAUCGAAUAGGAGGACUAGAUGCACGUGCUUGUUGUGAUGCAGGGCAUAUUGUUUGCCGUUGUACGGAUUGA